AUGCGGCCAUCCAACUCCUUCAGGUUGUCCGGCCUGCGCCGGCUGGUGCUCGGCGUGCUGCUGCUUGGAUAUCCCUUGCACGGCGCCGAUUCCGGCGCGCCGCCGGCCCUCGUGGUCAAUGCGGAACGCCUCCAGGAGCGCAUCGACCGGCUGGCCCGCAUCGGAGGAACUCCCCAGGGAGUGACCCGGCUGGCUUUCACCGAGAACGACCUCCGCGGCCGGGAGUACGUGACCCGGUUAAUGCGGGAGGCCGGCUUGGAAGUUCGGGUCGACGAUGCCGGCAACCUGUCGGGCCGCCGGCAGGGACGCCAGCCCGUGCGCCCCGCCAUUGUGCUGGGGUCCCACAUCGAUACCGUGCCUCUGGCCGGGGCCUAUGACGGGGUGCUGGGAGUGAUGGCGGCCAUCGAGUGUGUCCAGGUGCUGGAGGAGCAUGGGGUCCGGACCCGUCACCCGCUGGAAGUCAUUGUCUUUGCCAACGAAGAAGGGGGAAUGACCGGCAGCCGCGCCCUGGCGGGCCGGCUCAAUGCCCAGGCACUGAAGGAAUCCAGCCGCAGCGGAAUGUCCAUUCGGCAGGGGAUUGCAGCCCUGGGCGGGGAUGCCGACCGGAUCUCCCGGGCCAUUCGCCGCCCCGGAGAGGUGAGGGCCUAUCUGGAGCUGCACAUCGAGCAGGGAGGCAGCCUGGAGUCGGAGGGGACCGACAUCGGCAUUGUGGAGGGCUUUGUGGGCAUCCGCUGGUGGGACGUGACGGUGAAGGGCUUUGCCAACCACGCGGGGACCACACCCAUGAACGCCCGCCAGGACGCCCUGCUGGCGGCGGCCAAGCUGGUGAUCGCGGUCCACCAGGCCGCCAGAAGUCUGCCCGGAAGGCAGGUAGCCACGGUGGGACGCCUCACGGCCGAGCCGGGAGCUCCCAACGUCAUCCCCGGACGGGUGGAGUUGAGCCUGGAGCUGCGCGAUCUUGCAGGACCCAAGCUGGAGCAGGUCUUCCAGGAAAUCCGGCGCCAGGCACGACUCAUCGAACAGGAGACGAACACCGGGAUCGAUUUCAAGGAAAUCGACAUCGGAGUGGAGCCGACCCUGACCGACCCGAAGCUGCAGGAGGUGAUCCGGGAAGCGGCUGAAGCCAUGGGCCUGAACUACGCCCGGCUGCCCAGCGGGGCCGCCCACGACGCCCAGAAUAUGGCCCGCAUCGCUCCUUCGGCCCUGAUCUUCGUUCCCAGCGUGGGCGGCAUCAGCCACUCGCCGCAAGAGCACACCCACCCGCGGGACGUCGCCAACGGAGCCAACCUGCUGCUGCAGACGCUGAUCCGGCUGGACCGGCAAGCAGGACCCUGA